UCUGGUUAUGCUGUAAGCUUAUAUCAGUUAUCUGAUCAGCCCUAUAAUAUCUCUUUUAAUACAGACGAAGUAGUGUCUGCCUAUCUGGAGGCUGGAAUUCCAGCUUAUAAGAUAAUUUUAGGAAUGCCACUUUACGGACGCGUGUUUGCUAGGACUGACGGGCCGGGUACUUGCUUCUUUUUUAUUCCUGCCGGUUAUUAUGAAUGUGGUAUUUAUGAUUAUAAGGAUCUACCUUUGGAUGGGGCUGAGGUUAAAGAAGAUCUAAAAUUAGAGGUAAGCUGGAGCUAUAAUCUUUCUCAGUGUAUAAUAGUAAGUUAUGAUAUCCCAAACAUUAUUAAAUUAAAGGUAGACUAUAUUCGCUCUAAAGGGCUGGGCGGUAGGGUUUUUUAG